AUGCCCGCUAAUUUAAGGUCCUCUCGUCUUCCAAAAUCCAAGACUGGUGUGCAAAACGGCCAGAGCAAGAACGAACGCGCCCAAGACACUGUCGAUAGGAAACUUGAAAUUAUAAACCAAAUAAUAAUGUCCAAAAGAGUCGCCAAAUGUGAUGUGACGGAGAGCAGACAACACAGUCCUUUGGACCACCUUCCGCCGCCUGCGAGCUCCAACAAACCCCUCACUCCUUUCAGCAUAGAGGACAUUCUUAACAAACCGUCGGUUAAACGAAAUCAUAGAAUUUACGGGACUGCGCACCUGACAGCUCCCUUGGAAAAUCGUCGUCCAGUCAACGUCAGUUUAACCACCAGGGUACCAUUCACUCAAGCCUCACCACUCUGCGCUCUGGAAGAACUGGCGAGCAAAACAUUCAAAGGGCUUGAACUUAGCGUUCUUCAAGCAGCAGAGGGGAGGGACGGAAUGACAUUGUUUGGUCACAGGAGCAACCCCAAAAAACGCAGGAAAUCUCGGACAGCGUUCACCAAUCAUCAGAUCUAUGAGCUGGAGAAGAGGUUUCUAUAUCAAAAAUAUUUGUCUCCCGCGGACCGUGACCAAAUAGCCCAGCAACUGGGGUUAACGAAUGCACAAGUCAUCACUUGGUUUCAGAACCGUCGAGCCAAGCUGAAGCGGGAUCUUGAAGAAAUGAAAGCGGACGUAGAAUCGGCCAAAUCAGGCGGUUCUGUACCCCUAGACAAAAUCGCCAAACUGGCUGACCUGGAGAGAUGUGCUAACGGAACGGCGGCACACCCGGGGCUCGAGUCCCCUACGCAGAGUGGCCACGAGCACGAGAUCGUGCACAAAUUGCGGCUGUCCUCUUUGUCGCCAUUUUCGGACCACACAACAAGUAAGGAGUGCUCAGAGGACGAAGACGUGGAAAUAGACGUGGAUGAUUGA